CUCAUUUUAUCUGUGUGCAUCAAAGUCAAACAAUCAUUUUAAUCAAUACAUUGAACACUUAAAUACGCAGUACUGCCUAAUACAUUAACUACCCGCCAAAGGCAAUUUUAAUCUGUGAUGAGUUCUUUGACAGAGGACCGUCGCCGGUGUAGAAAGUCGGCUCCUGUUAAAAAUGCAGUGUUUUUGGGAGCCAUCAACAAAGGCCGUUCGCGCAUCAACCCUCUGACGGGCCAAAAUCAACUAGAUAACAGUGAAUUGAUCGUCAACGACCAGAGCAACAAACUUAAGUUAGAUAGUGCUCAUAAAUUUAAAAAUGAAAGGAGAAGUCGACCAUCUAUUCAAGGGGUCGACACAACGGCAUCUGUACGGAUGUCUACACCUGUGCGGAAUCGCGAAACCACACCAAAAUAUAGAACCCGACACAGAUCAAACGAACAAAGCUGUGAUAACAACAGGUCACGCAGUAUCUUAUCUUCGGUAUGUGUAUGAUUAAUUUGACCCUCGUCAGACUGGAAGCCGUAGGAGGUUUCAUCCUGAUUAUGACCCACUGAUUGAGAUCAGACGUGCACAAGAACGUCUCGAUCGUUAUCGAACCCAAGGAGACUGGAAGGUGGAUCUGCUCUUGUGUGAUGAUGCGGAUGAAGACUUGAACCGCUAUGAAGACAAAUUGAGACGCAGACUCACAGAAAGGGGGAAACAGAACCUAUUGAACUUGAAAGGAGGCAGAUGGAAUUACUGAGGAGACAGAAAGACAUUGAUAUGGGCAAAGUGACCGAACGUUACGCUGAGUAUGUGUUAAGUAUCCCGAAACCCGAACGUCAAAAGUACCAUCCUCGUACACCUAACAAGUUUCGUAAAGUUUCUCGUCGAGCGUGGGAUGGCAUGAUUCGGAAGUGGCGCAAGCACUUACACAACUUCGACGAUCUCAAUUUCGAAGAUACUUGGCGUUCAUUGUCAACUGCUGAUCUGUCAAGCAACUAUUCUGGUUCAUCGUGGGUCUUAGAAAGUGGUACAUCUAGCGAUACUGAAAAUCAAAAUCCAGAAGUAUGUCAGAUUUCUUUAAUGAAAUGUGACCAACCCCUAUCCUGUUCGUUUCAAAGUCCUGAAGAUCUCACAGCUUCACCAACCAUUAAAAUGUCAUAUAAUCAAAGGCAGUAUCGUAAAUAUGAUGAAGAUGAUGACACUUUACAGUCGGUUCCAAAACAGUGUAAGGAGGUGAACCGUUUUCCAGCUGCUACAAUUAAGGAUGAAGAAGAGGACACUUUGACGGGACCUGUCAACGAAGGCCGUAGGAUUACGCGGCACUCCAAAACAUCCUAUGGACCAUCUCCAGAUACUUUACACAGUGGAUUAACAAAUGAUAUGCAUUCACUAGUUCCAGUUGGUCAGAAGCGAUCGUCACUUCAUCUCGGACAAGACGUGGCGUAUAAGAAGACGGUAGAUAUUCGAAAUUUUGGAGACUUUCCUCAGUUAAAUGCACCUAGUAAGUUUUUGCGAGCCUAUAUAUAUAUAUAUAUAUAAAGCUAAAAUAUGAAAUAAUGUGGGAUACCAGCACUGAUUUCUAUAAGCCUAUUCUGUGCUUAUAAUUGACUGGCUCCAGUACCAAUUUUAAAACUAUAUUAUUAUUCCAUAAGUUCAUCCAUGAAAAGUGUCUGUAGUAUCGCUUCUCCGAAGAAACGCAGCAGACGCGAAAGCAACAAAAGGAAGUUUGAAAAUCUACCUCUUUAAUGUCACUUUAUACCUCAGUGAUAUAUACACCUAAUGAGAGCCGUUUUUUAUUUGGCACUUUAAAUGAAGAACACAAACUUUAUUGUUUGUUUGCAUGUUAUUCAUCUCUUAUGCACUUCUAUCAUGUUUCUUAUAUUUGCCGCAUACAGUCGUGUCUGUUCAAUAGACUGCUGCUGCGAUUACUUUUUUAAGUUUAAAGAGAACUCAAUAUUUCUUUAAUGCAUUUUGAUAAUAAUUUCAGUCAUUCAGUGAUUGGUUAUUUUUGUAAUUUCUUAAUGAUUCUUAGAAAACUAUAAACUUAGGAAGUUUAAAAUUAUGUGUUUUCAAGUAUGUACCAUGAUAUGCAUGUAUGUUAUCUCAAUCAGUUAACUGUUUUUUGUAUUAAUAUAAGCUUUGAAG